AGGCCCGACGGAAAAUAACCCGCCGAGAACCCACAAGGGCCGGCAACGGGCGCGCGCGCAGGAGGAGCGGCGCGCGGACUGCGGGGUGGAGCCAGAUAAAAAGUAACCUUUUUGAAGAGGACAUGUGAUUGGAAGUUGUCUAAUUGUUGAAGUUUGGGAACAGCACUUCUAAAGUUUUAGGUGUUUAGAAAAACACCCAACGAUUUAUACUCCAUCAAGACGACGUCUUCCUGCUUGCUUCUGUGCUCCUGGUGUUGCUGCGGUAUGGCUGGGGCCCUGCCCUCUCAGCAGUGCUGCUGACAGAAAUGCAAACAGUCCAUGCCAAGACUGCAUACUGAAUGGGUGGAAAGACUUCCUGAGAAUCCAUAAGAAGUAUACCCGAUUAGACCUUGUUCUUUGGGUGAACCACUGAGUUAUUCAUUAUGUCUGAUGGAGAUUAUGAUUACCUCAUCAAGUUUUUAGCAUUGGGAGACUCUGGAGUAGGGAAGACCAGUGUACUUUACCAGUACACAGAUGGCAAAUUUAACUCCAAAUUUAUCACGACAGUGGGCAUUGAUUUCAGGGAAAAGAGAGUGGUGUAUAGAGCCAAUGGGCCAGAUGGAGCCACUGGCAGAGGUCAGAGAAUCCACCUGCAAUUAUGGGACACAGCAGGGCAGGAGAGGUUUCGUAGCUUGACAACAGCAUUCUUCAGAGAUGCUAUGGGGUUUCUUCUGCUUUUCGAUCUGACAAAUGAGCAGAGUUUCCUCAACGUCAGAAACUGGAUAAGCCAGCUACAAAUGCAUGCAUAUUGUGAAAACCCAGAUAUAGUGUUAUGUGGAAAUAAGAGUGAUCUGGAAGACCAGAGAGUAGUAAAAGAGGAGGAAGCAAGAGGACUUGCAGAGAAAUACGGAAUCCCCUACUUUGAAACUAGUGCUGCCAAUGGGACAAACAUAAACCAAGCAAUCGAGAUGCUCCUGGACCUGAUAAUGAAACGAAUGGAACGGUGUGUAGACAAAUCCUGGAUUCCUGAAGGAGUGGUACGAUCCAAUGGUCACACCUCCACAGAUCACUUGAAUGAAGAAAAGGAGAAGGGGAUAUGCGGCUGCUGAAGAGUCCAGUGAGCUACACAGUAACUCAAGUGGUCUGUUAUCUCUGUGGGUGAUAUGUGGCACAGAGAGAUGAACCGGCGUUGUGUACAAACUGCUUCUCACCAUCCCAAUUAGACCUAUCAAUUAAAGCAUCUGGUUUAUAAUUAAUUUGCUGCAGCUUUGUAAAUAUUUAAGAUUCAGCCUGAGAGUUGUGAGAAUGUUUUACAUUGCCAGAAGUGCCUUAAAAAACCUUAGCCCAUGGCAGUAUAUCAUUCAAGAGUUGAGGAUUUUGUAGUCCCAGAGGAGUGCAUUUAUUAAAUAGAAUGACUGAAGAUACCAUCACUUGCCUUAACAUACAUCAGUCCAGAAUCUAACACUUAAAAUCUUAGAUACAAUUAUAAAACAAUCAAUCUUUAAUCCAAAUUUAAAAACCCUACUUGUACUGUAGGUGACUUUGUAAAAAUGCCAUCUAAACCACUUGAAUGUUAAAUAAGAAUAUACACAAAUAUCAGUUCAAUAUCCUUGAGUAUUUAUAUAAAUAUUAUCUCUAAAAUGAAUAUAGGAUAAAUUAUGUUUAUGUCUAUAGACUCUGGAUAAACUGAAUUGACCAAUUAUACACUCAAUGUGACUCUUGGUAGGAAAGGGAUUGGGGGUGAGGUCAGGUAUAUCUUAAUAUAGUAUGAACAACUGAAGUGGGGCUUCUAGCUCCCUGCUAUAUUCCCACUACUCUGAAGGGUUGAUUGAAGGAUCAGGGAAUUAGAUUUUUAUGGCCUUAUUUCACUGUGAUAUGUGCAUUUAUACUUGGCUUAUGUGCUGGCCACAUUUGAACAUAGCUGGUGCUUAUGCUGAAGUUAUUUGUGAGAAGUAAACAUUUAGCUUCUUUUUCUUCAUAUUUAUAAUGUUGGUCUGGCAUCCUCAGAGGUAGUUUUAAUUAGCUUGUGAAGUACUAAUCUUUUGUCUCACCAUCAUGCUUUAUGACAUUAAUAUUUGCAAUUUGUUUUAUUUUUUAUAUUGGUAUAAUUGGAGGAAUUAGUUUUUAAUUACAUAAAAUGUUUGCCAUUUGGUAGAAAAAAAGAUGUUUGUAUUUAAGCAGUUACAUUUAUACUAUAGCUCAAUAUGAAAAAAUGAAGCCUUGUAUAGCCUGUAUUUUUUAUUGAGAUCACAGGCAUUUAUUGCACUUGCUGGGUCUUGCCAAGCUCAUGGAUUCCUCUGCAAUGCCUAAGUGUCUUCAUAUCAAAUUCAAGGUAGUUUUGAAAUGUGCCUUAUGGAAGGUGUUUAUAAAGGUCAAGAGGGGAAAAUUCUUUUUUAUUAAAAGUGGUUUAAAGAAAUCAGGUUAAAAGUUUCAAAGAUCUUAGUGGCUAUUUAGGAAGAAAAUACCACUCAUUGUAAUUUAAACAAAGAAUAAAAGUAAAUGUAUUUUUUGGUGGCCAAUGCUUGGAAGAACUAUAAUCAGAAAAAUACAGCUAUGAUAGAAAAGUAAUUACUUUUACAUGGUAAUUUUCAAAUAGCUUUUUACUGAGUAUCCUGUUUUUUUGCCACUUCGCUCCCACCACUCCCUUAAAAAACUUAGCUGUGGUUACUAAGAUCUUACAUAUUUCUAGCCUUGAAAUAAAGACUUCUUUUAAAUACCAAAGAAGUCAUUGAGUCCUGUGCAUUUGAAUUGUGUUAUACCAGUAAGAAGAAGAUUCAGACAUUACAAGGGCAGGAUCAUAAUCACAAACAUGGCCUUUUAAAGUUGCCAUAAGACUUCAGUGAGGCAAAUCAUAAUUUUACAGCUACAUUUCAAGCAGCAUUUUAUAUGUAGUUAAAAAGAAGACAAUAUUUGUAUGUUUCACUUUUUCAAGAACCAAAUGAGCAAUUAGCUACAUAUCCCACUGGCCUUAAAUAUAAUACAAGGUUAAACAUAUACAUGAUAUAGUCCACAUGCAAGAACUAUCUUUAAUUAUUGAAAUAAAUAACCUGUAUUCUUUUGGGAAAUCAUUUGUUUGGAUUUGGUAUUGAAGUAUCAUAUUUUUGGGCAUCAAUGUAUUUUUCUAUUUAUCAGAUUGUGUAAAAGAAAAGCGUAUCUUCAGUGAACUUUGUGCCAAUUAAGCUUUUAAUUAAAAAGUAGUCUAGUCUGUCAA